AUAAGCGCUCGCGCAGUUUCUCAGUCAAAAUGGCGACCGUCAGAGCGAGCACGUUGCCAUCUCCAGUAAAAUAUGUACAGAUUGAUGGUCUUGUUGUGCUGAAGAUCAUUAAGCACUGCCAGGAGGAGGGUGCAGGGGGCACGGACCUGGUGCAGGGGGUGCUGCUGGGGCUGGUGGUGGAGAACAGGCUGGAGAUCACAAACUGCUUCCCCUUCCCCAGACACAAUGAGGAGGAAGACUUUGAUGAAGUCCAGUAUCAGAUGGAGAUGAUGAGGAACCUUCGUCAUGUCAACAUUGACCAUCUUCACGUUGGAUGGUAUCAGAGCACAUACUUCGGUUCUUUCAUCAACCGACCUUUGCUGGACUCCCAGUUCAACUAUCAGCACUCCAUUGAAGAGUCAGUGGUACUCAUCUACGACCCCCUGAAGACGACACAGGGUUUCCUGUCAUUGAAGGCCUACCGCUUGACGCCAGAGAUGAUGGAGUUCUAUGCCAAGGGUGAUUUUACCCCUGAGGGCAUCACCAGCCACAACAUGAGCUUUGAGAAGAUGUUUGAGGAAAUCCCCGUCGUCAUGAAGAACUCCCACCUGGUGAAUUCCCUGUUGUGUGAACUGGAUGACAAGAAGAUGAAGAGUCAAGAGUUUGCCUUCCUCGACCUGGCCACCAGCUCAAUGUUAGAAAAGAAUCUUCGACAGUUGAUGGAGUGCGUGGAUGAUGUUGCCAUGGAUACGAACAAGUACCUGAACUUCCAACGGCAACAGUUCAGACAAACACAAGCAAAGCAGGCUCACAUUCUCAAAAGGACACAAGAGAACCAAGUCCGUCAGGCACGAGGUGAGGCGCCACUGCCUGAGGAGGAUCUGUCAAAGCUGUUUAAGCCGCUCCAGCCACCACCACGACUUGACUGCCUACUUGUAGCGGGUCAGAUCGACAACUACACCAAACAGAUAUCAGAGUUCUCCUCACAGAGUAUUGGAAAGCUAUUUUUAGCAGAAUCUUUACAAGCGCCCAAAUCCAGUUAACAGAUUGUAGGAGAUAGACACUUUUCACAUCAACUAUUUGGGGAUCUGGAAUCUAAAAAGCAUUCAAAUUUAAGCUUUUGACCAUCAAACCAUUUUUGAAGUUGGAUCACUUUGGGUGGUUAAACAACCUGUGUGACUUCCGAAGAAGUCUUGUAAGCGUUGUAAAGCGCACCCAUGCAUGAAUCAGCAAAAACAAUCAGAUAUAGUUUGAUUCUUUCAAAAGGUAUUCUUGGUGUUACUACAUUCUCCCAUGUAAGAUGAUAAAACAAUAUAUGUGUGUCAUGUUUUCAUGAGGUUUAUGUCUUACAUGGGAAGAAGUGUUUUAACAACAGACUAUUUUCUGGAAGUCCUAAAGUAUGUUUGGUUGUUUUGCUCGUGGAAUGCAAAUUGUUAAGAAACCUUCUGUAUAAAAAUAAACUAAAAGGAAGUAAAAUAAUCCAAUACUCUA